AUGAGAGAAACAACAUAUAGAUCAUCUCCAUUCGAAAAGCAGAACAAAUUAACAAAUGGUCUCUUUAAGGAUUGUCAGAGGUUUAAUCCUCGAAGUAAGUUUACUGAAGAAAACUAUGAAAAUGCUACUGUCUUCGCCAAAUUAAGAAGGGCUGGGUUAGAUAAGAAAAAGGCACUCAAAUAUUGUUAGACUCAGCAUUGCAAAUUGGAUACUACUCAAAAUGACUUUGGACCCCCGGGUUAUAAAAUAUUCAAAUAACAUUAUGACCCAAUCAAAUAAUAUUAAGGUUGGCAACUGGAUGGGAAAAUCAAAUUGAAAGAUUAAGGGGAGUAUGAAAGAAUAAGUAAAGAUAUUAAUUUAGGCUUGAGAUAACAGCCCAAUGAAGAUUUGUACUAGUUGUACAAUAGUUUAGCUGAGACUCAUCGAAAAACUGUAGAAAGAUGCAACUUCACUGAACUGUCAAGAUAGGAAUUAAUAAUGAAAUUGAGAUCGUUGACGAGAGAUGACAAUAGAAAAUACAACACUCCCAUUUACUAAUUGAGAAGACAUAAUGAAAUUUAUUAUGAAUUGGCUGAUUACUUUGAAAAAUACCAGCCUCCCUCAAUUAAAUCUUUAGUUACUGAAUUAGAAGCCUUUGAUGACAUAGUGCCUAGGAAAUAUAUUAAAUAAUUUUAUUUAGAGUAAAAAUCAACUGGGAAUAAAAAAAAGAAAUUAAAAUAAGAAGCUACCGAAAAAAUAUAGAGGCGUUCAAGAAUACUGAUGGAAUUGAAUGCUCUGUUUUCUCCAGUAAGAUCUGAUAACUCGAAUAAAAGAUCUGUUUUCUUUAAAUAAGAUUAAAUUUGGUAAGUUCAGAAUGACUCUGCAAUAACAAGUCUGUUGGAUAUGGAUGAAAGUAGUAUUUGUAAAAGUGCUGAGAGAAAUAGUAUUUCCUUUUUUCGUUCUGCUAAAAUCAGGUUGACAGAGGAACAAGAAAGAAUUAACUAGCUCUAAGAUUCUUUGAAAAAGGUGAUUAAAACUAAUAUAGAAAAUAUAAAUUACUCCAAAAAAUAAAAUAACAUCCUAACUUGA